AUGCUAUCGACACCAUUUACGAGAUCAACAUCAUGCAGAUUUCUAAGUCGAGCUUCAAAGAAGACGAGAUCAGCAAAGGCCAGAUUCUUCCAGUCGACUGGGAAGCUGGACCAAAUGCCAUCGCGGAGGAGAGAUGAUACGGAUAAGAGCGUCCAAGACAUCAUCACCUUUAUGAAAGCGACCGACUCUGACGACGUUUCGACAUUUGUGGCGAAGAAGCUACAGUGCGGUACUGGAUGGACCGAACCAUACAUGCUGCUGCGUCCAGCUGUGCCUACGACGUGGCUGUAUGUGUUCCGACUACACCACUCCACGACCGUUGAGGGCAUCGUGGAGUAUGUGAAGGUGAAGACCAACUGGACCUUGAGGGUCUUGAGUCGUCCCAGCAGGUCCAGCAGCUGCUGCAAUGAGCGGGUGGCGGCGGUCGGUGGGGGCGCGGGCGUGGCGCGCGGCGCGGCGGCGCUGGCUGGCGGGCGGCGUGCUGGCGGCCGUGACGCUGGCCGUGCUGGCGCCGCGCCUGGGCGCGCCCGGAGGCAACUACUGCAUGCUCACUCAGUAGAUCAUACACCGCAUUGCACUCCGCCAUGCGGGCUGCGCGCCGAGUACUCGGCGUGGCUGUUACUUGGCUACGUGCACUACUGCGCGGGCCGCAGCCAGGCCUGGCCCCGCGCCGGGGCCCUCGCCUGGCCCCGCGUGCGGCCCAGCCGCGCCCAGGCGGCCUGCGUGCUGCACGCGCACGUGGUGUCGCCUGCGCUGGCGGCCGCGGUCGUGAGUACGUUCACGGACGGCGUGGACUACAGGAUCGCGCAGGGCGUGAUGCUGUGGUCGCGCGGCGGGGGCUGCGCGUGGCUGGCGGCGGCGCUGGGCGCGCGCGACGCGGCCGCGUGCUGCGCCGCGCUGUACGUCGCCUCGCUGCUGACCGCGCCGCUGCACUCCUGGCUGCUGUGCGGGCGCGUGGCGCUGCCUCCCAUGGCGGGCGUAGUGUGCACGCUGUGCACGGUAGCGGGGCCAUUCGCAGUGGGCCUGCUGGUGUCGGGCGCGCGGGGCCCGGCGCGCGGGGGCCCGGGGCAUGGCGUGCAGCUGGCGGCCCUGGCGCUGCUGUACGCGGAGUGCUGCGAGCGGCUGUGCGACGCGGAGGCCAUCGUGUACCUGGGGGACGUGCUGGCGGCCUUCGUGCUGGAGCUGUGCUGCGUGUGCGUGUCGGCGGCGUGGUGCUGUGUGUACUGGCGCGGCGGGCUGCUGGCGCCGGCCGAGGCGCGGCUGGUGGCGCAGUGCGCGCUGCCCCGCUGGCUGGACACGCGGUGGGGUGCGGAGUGCGCGGCGCCGGGGCUGUGUCGGCUGCCGGGAGUGUUCGUGGCGCCCACGCAGACCCUGCUGCUGGCGGCGCUGGGCCGCGACUGCGACGGCUGUGACGGCUGCGACGGCUGCGACGGCUGCGAGGAGCGUGCGGCGGUGUCUAGUACUUCAUGAAGCCAUUAGAAUAGUCAAACAUUACAUUACACGACUGGUACUGUGGCCUUAGCGUUAGCCUUAUAGUGGGAGUGGUGAAGGAAUGCGAUACGAAAGAAUUUUAAUAUGGGGAGCAAUCUACAUUUCUCUUUCUUUGGCUCGACUUCGAACCACGAGGGAUCUGGUGUUGUACCAAGUUCGACCUGAUUCUAUACGCCGACUGUUUGGAUGCGUAUUUGUAAAAAAUCAAAAUGGAAGCUAUAAUACUACAAAUUAUUAUUGUGAUACACUUGUAUGAUGAAUUAACUGGACAAGGCAGCGUUGUAAAUAUGGAAUCCAUAUACAAAAUGUAUUAUUUUGCCUGCGUGGAAAACAAGAACGCCAUAAGAUGCCUUCCUGUACUGUGUCAUUGUAUUAUUGUGUUAUGUUUAAUGUAGCGAUACGACGGAACAUUGCCCGUUGCAUAAAGCUAUCCGUGUACAAUGGACCAACGAAUAGAGCCUAUUAAAGUGAUAAUAAAUUA